AUGUCAGCUAUUGCUCAUAAAAUUCUGGUUGUUGGUGGUAAUGGUUUCGUUGGAUCCGCGGUUUGUAAAAUCGCUCUUGCCCGAGGAAUGGAGGUCACCAGUAUAAGCUCUUCCGGAAAACCUUACAAAACUCCACAAGGCCAUACCCCUGCAUGGGUGGAAAGAGUAGAGUGGCGGAAGGCUGACGCCAUGAACCCGGAAUCAUAUGCGGACAUUCUCCCCAGUGUUGAUGCCGUCGUCCACACUGUUGGUACACUUCUAGACAACACGCAGUACAAGCAGAAGAUGCAAGAGGGUGAUUUAUUGGGCUUUAUUAAAUACCUUGUGGGCAUGGGUGGUCCUGCAGCAGAAGGUCAGCGGAGCGCUUACGAUAUCCUCAAUUAUGAAUCAGCUGUUCGUAUGUGUGAAACAUUCGUCGCGAGUAAGCCCGUAUCCGGACUUACACGUGUUCGUCCCUUCGUGUACGUCUCCGCGGAGGACUUCAACCGACCUCUUGUCUCCGCGCGCUAUUUCGAAACGAAACGGGAGGCCGAGAAGCGAAUUGAGGAAAUCGUCACAGAUCAUCCUCAAUACAAGGGGGUGUAUGUCCGCCCCAGUAUAAUAUACCAUCCGCACAACCGACCAAUGACUACUAUUCCAGCUACGAUAUUCGGUUUCUCGUCACGAGUCCAUGACGCAGUACCAUCAUAUGUCCCGAUGCCUGCUUCGGUUCUUCGGUGGUUAGGCACGUCGGUGUUUCCCAAUGCUACGGACAAAACGCCUUCCUCCCUGAAUUCCUUGGCGAACUUGCUCUCGAUUCCGCCAAUUCAUGUGGAUCAUCUGGCCGAGGCUAUAUGUAUUUCCUUGGAUCCAGCUAAGGAUAUACGUGGUGUUGUUGGUGUACGCGAAAUGCACCAACUGAUUGGUAUGUCCCAGACGGGAUCAGAGGAGCCGGCGGCAAACACCUAG